AUGGUUACAUGGACUGGCUUUCUUAACGGAUCAGCCCAGCGAAUGGCCCGACAGUCAGAUUCCCUUAGUCGCAACGAAGUAACUAAAGACAGAAACGACUUUUACGGUGGUCGCUGCUUCAACCAACAUCCUACUGCAGAAAUUGCACCGAUUUUCAAGAUGAACAAGAUUGCUGAGUGUGGUUAUCCGGCAGAAGAGGCUUGA